GCGCAGGACGCCUGUUUCCUGCUGUAAUUGGGUCCUGAACUGCAGCCCGUGCGAGGCUGUCCUGGAGACCCCGCGCUGCCUGCACCUCUAUCGUCUCGGUUGUCAUGGAUGAUGAAGACGGCAGGUGCCUUCUCGAUGUAAUUUGUGACCCAGAAGCUCUAAAUGACUUUCUUCAUGGCUCUGAAACCCAUUUGGACACUGACGACCUUUUGGAUGGUUCGAGUGAUCCCUCCAGCUCGUUCUUCUCUGCUGCAGGGGGCCAUGUAUCGGAAGUUCAGCCCACAGUGCAGCUCUCAGCAAAUGAGCCGCCCGGCCUGCCCAGAGUCAGCGUUGACUUGGACUUCUUGGAAGAUGAUGACAUUCUGGGAGGAUCUCCAGGCGGUGAAAGUGGAAGCAACGGUAUUGGGACAAAUCAUGAACCCUGUGACAUCCUCCAGCAGAGCUUGGCUGAAGCAAACAUCACAGAGCAAAGCUUACAAGAGGCAGAGGCGGAGCUGGACCUGGGGUCCUUUGGUAUCCCAGGACUUACACAAGUGGUUCAGACGCUGCCUGAUGCCAGCCUCACUGGUGCAGGGGGCACUGUUGGUGUAGGCAUAGGCGUUGGGGGGGCAGGAACUAUUUUCACUGGAGGUCCAAGUUCUACUGCAACUCCCCCCAAUGCAGCAGCUGAUAUGCUGGGCUCAGUGCUUGCCCAGCAGGGCCUUCAGCUUCAGCCCCAGGUGAUGAACAAGGCCAUAAGUGUGCAGCCUUUCAUGCAACCUGUAGGCCUUGGAAAUGUGACCCUUCAGCCCAUUUCGAGUCUCCAUACACUUCCCAAUGGCAGUCAGCCUGGGCUAGGAAUAGGACAAAUUCAGGUUGUAGGUCAACCCACGGUUAUGACUAUCAAUCAGUCUGGACAGCCAAUUCUAGCGAAAGCCAUGGGUGGUUAUCAGCUUCACCAGUCUGGACCUGAGAUUUCAGGAGCUGGCUCUCAAGCUGGCCUUGGAAGCUCAGGAAGUGGACUUCUGAUCCAAGGUAACAAAGCCACUUUAGGAUCCCCAGCUUUAAAUGGACCUACAGUUUGUGUCAGCAGCACCAACAGUAGCAGCAGUGGCAGUACAGUAACUGCCCCUGCUGGGAUUGUGGGCUUUGGAAACUCCCCUCUAGCUUCAGGAAUAGCACCCCAGCCACAAACUCAAGGUCAAAUCAUGCAGAACGUUAUCAUCCAGCGCACACCAACACCCAUUCAGCCCAAACCACCUCAGGGUGGCGCCAUCCAGCCAAAACUUUACAAACAGCAACAGCCACAGCCCACACCUCAGCCCCAUCAAAAUGAUGGUCACAAGGGUCUAGGGCUACAGCAGAUUCCAGUAUCUGCAGCUCAAAAUGUAGCUUUCCUGGCGGGAAAGCCUGGCUCUAAUGUGGUCUUAAGCACUCAAGCCACAUCACAAGCCUCACAGUUUUCACAAACACUAUUCAAACCACAAGCAGCACAAGCAUCUGGCAAACCUCUCAGUGUACAUUUAUUAAACCAAUCUGGAAGCAUUGUAAUUCCUUCGCAGACUGUUCUUCAAGGUCAGAAUCCCCAGUUUGUCCAGCUGCAGGCUGGAGGACAAAUCCUCACACAACAUCCAGGUGGCCACAUCAUAACCAGCCAGGGUCCAGGUGGACAGCUAAUCGCAAACCAGAUUUUAACAACAAAUCAGAACAUCAACCUUGGGCAAGUCUUGACCUCCCAGGGACCUUCUGGGGCAGCACACAUCCUUUCUGGUCCCAUCCAACUCCAACCUGGUCAAAUGGGCACACCCACCCUGUUUCAGAUGCCCGUCUCUUUGGCUCAAACUCAUAAUCAGGCCCAGACGCACACAGUCACAGGCCAUGCACAGACAGUCAUACAGGGCAUGCCCAUCCAGAACCCCCUGAUGCUGGGUCAGGUGGAGGGCCUUAGCCCAGCAGUUAGCCUUCAGACAAACGUACAGCCACAAACGGGUGGAGUCCCGAGCAGUGGCAACAGUAGUAGCAUUGCUGCAGGAACCACCGCCCAGGGGCAGCCAGAAUGUGUCACAGUUUUGGGAAGCUCCACAGAGCAGACCUCUCAUCCCACACAGAUCCAUGUACCCCAGCCUUCUGUUGUAGCCAUGCAGCCGACUCCCAGCGCCUCUUCAGCCACUCCCAUACCUUCAUCGUCUCCGUCCAUCUCAGUCUCCACCUCUUCCACCAUGACAACUAUGGGGCUGGUACCCCCUCAAACUCAGCAAAAUCCAGGAAGGCUUGUGUUUACCAACCAGGGAUCCAGCAUGAUCCUGAGCCAGGAGUCUCUACAAAUGUUCCUUCAACAGGAGCUGCAGCAUCAAAAAGAGAAAGAGUCUACCCCCUCUGUAGGAGUGCCAGCGUCUGUAAUCGUCAGCAGCAACCACAUCACUGCUCCGGACCUUACUGUCCAUGACAGCCAGUUAACAGAGUCUUGGGUCUCUCAGAGCCCCUCCCUCUUGACAACAGUGGUAAAGCAGGUUCCUUCCUCUGGACAUCAGCAGCCCCUGAAGAUCCAGAACAUGUCACCGGCCGUGCCCACUCACCCCACAGCGCAGCGUGUUUCCGAGAGCCCCCAGCCUUCUCAGUCUCCACUCACUUUAAGCCAACACAUACAGUCCCCACACCAACAAUCCAGACCGCCCUCACAACCUCAGCCUCAGAAUCAGACUCCCUCUCGUUCCUGCACGCCUUCCCACCCUCCACUAUUUAUAAUUCACAACCAAAGUGCAGAAUCUCCUCAGCCAACAUCACAGCCACAGACCGCGAUUCAAGUUCAGCUUCAACCCCAGCCCACCACUGUCCCUGGCCCUCAUCAGCAAGAAAUGCCUUUAUCACAGUCCCCAAAACCUCCCUCUGCACAGCAUCAGUUCAGUGCAUCCCCCAUAAACACAGGGACUAGUGCAGUAGUGAAAGCCCAGGUCCCUGUUAUGGGCCUCUCCACAGAACAGCAGCACCACUUGCAAUUAGUAACAGCGCAAAUCCAGACGCUGUCAGCUAUUGCCCAGCCCUCACCUCAGCAAAAACAACUGCUGGAAAAGCUACACCAGGUUCAUCAUAACAUUAUGCUACAGUCAAAGCAGCCCUCUCUGCCUCAAAUUCAACCUCAAGCAACGACUCAUUUUGGCUCCCAGCAAGACGUGCCUCUAGACAAAGUGAUGUCAUCAUCGAGUGCUGGUCUGCCCAGUCAGAUCCCCUCAGUGCUGCAGCCAACAUCAGUAGUUGUGAAAACACCUGCAACAGGAGCAAGUGACUUACAGGUAUUCUCAGGAGCCCAAGGACCAGCUGCAACAAUUAUGAAUCAAACUGUCACUCCUACUUGCCUUAACCAGCCUGCACAGGUUCAGCCAAAGCCAGGGGUGAUUAGCUCGGUGGGAGGACUGACCCUGGGUAAAGGAGGGGUGCAAAUACAAGUUUUAGGAACUAGUCUGACUCAAAUGCCUGCUCCACAACCUCCUGCUGCUGCUGUACAAACCCAUACAACAAUGAAGAUGCCUUUUACUGCAGAGCCUAGUAAGGAAGCAAGGUUGCUAGAACAACUAAGAAAACAACAGGGUUCAGCGCUCCACCCAAACUACAGUGCUCCUUUUAACACAUUUGAGGACACGCUGCAUAGACUACUGCCUUAUCAUCUCUACCAAGGAAAUGUACACUCCUCAGAGGAUUAUGAAAAAGUGGAUGAAGAAUUUGAGAGGGUAUCCUCCAUGCUUCAGAAGCGGACACAGGCUAUGGUGGAUAAAUACAGACAUUUGCUUUUUUCAGAAUCCAAGCAAAGACUGGGCCCGUCUGCUGAGAUGGUAAUGAUUGACCGCAUGUUCAUACAGGAGGAGAAGGUUGCAAUAAGUCAAGAUAGAAUUUUGGCAAAAGAGAGACCAGAGGAGUUUUUGGCCAAUGUGCGCAAAUGGGAGAGUGCAGCUAUUUCCUCAAAGAAGUCUUCUCCUUCCCCUGAAGCCACUUCAGGAACUCAAGAGGCUGCUGUUUCUCUCACUUCAGUUCCUGCCUCUGCUCCUACACCAAAUGUGACCCCAAAACCUCCUACUCCACCAGCUCCUGUCCCUCUGGCUGCCCCUCCUUCUGCCCCUGCUCCUCUUGUUUCAGCCUCAGCCCCUAUCCCUCCUAUUUCAGUACCAGCCCCAGCUCCUGUCCCCACUACUCGUGCUGCAGCGCCUCCUCCUGUCUCUGUGUCAUCUGCCUCUCCUUUCCCUCCAACCAAAUUGGUCAUUAAACAGGGAGGAAGUGGAGCCUCAGUGUCUUGGUCCAGUAGUUGCCCCACACCUCCCAUCGACUCUACAAAAUCCACGCCAGAGCAUACGGUGACUCUAAGUUCUUCCAUCAGUCGCGCCUCUGCUGCUUCAUCCUCACAUUUUUCUUCUCCUUCACCAUUCAACUCUAAAGCAUCUGAUGACGAUGACACUUUACUGCAGCGGACUAGUAAACCACCCAUAAAGACCUACGAAGCUCGCAGGAGGAUCGGCUUGAAGCUCAAAAUCAAGCAGGAUCAGGCAGGCUUCAGUAAGGUGGUCCACAACACUGCCUUAGAUCCUGUGCAUACACCUCAGCCUCAGCACAGCAGUCAGUCCACACAACCAUCCUCAAAUAAGUCAAACUCCGCUUUACAAGACGCAAAAGGCCCCCCUUCCACCUCAGUGACCACCGUCAUUCGAACUCAGACCCCUGUUUGCACUAGUACUCCAUCCACAUAUCUCCCUUCAGUAAGCACAGCUCAGUCUAACCCAGAGUUUAGAAGCAAUCCUCUCUACAAACAAGCUCCUUCUACCCUGUCCAAGCCCUCUGUUCAAAUGAAUGGGACAAUGGAACAUCACAGUGCAGGGGGGACCAAACCCAACCCUACUGCCUCCAGCACUUCAUCACAGACCACCUGUCGUCUGCCCCUUAGAAAAACCUACCGUGAAAAUGUCAGUCCACGUGUUCGCCCUGGUAUACCAGGAGGAGGCGAUGAGGGUUACCCCCGAACCACAGAUUCACCAUCCUGUCACAAAUCCUCUUCUCCUUCAGAAAGGACCGUUAUUGCCAGUGUGAAGGUAGAAAAAAGAGACAACCGGGAGCAUGUCUAUAGAGAGUCUAGUAAUGAUGUGGGUCGAUUAGAAAGUGCAAUGCAUGGGCUGGACCACGUAGAUGAGGUUUUCAGCCGUGGUCUCAAAACCUCACAACAUAAUGUGCCACAGCUUUCAGACAGGGACUGUUCCAAAGAGAAGCAGGGUGAGCACACGGAUUUUGAAACUGGUGAAAGUAAAUACAAAAAGAUGAAAAACAGACAGAGGGCAGGUGGGACAUUUCGAAUGGACCAGCACGCCCCCGGACCCCCGUCCCCAGAAUCUUUCACCCGAGACUCUCUGCUUCCUGCUAAACGUUGCAAGUCGGACUCUCCGGAUAUGGACAAUGCCAGCUUCUCUAGUGGCAGUCCCCCCGAUGACUCUUUGAAUGAGCACUUGCAGUGCGCAAUUGAUAGCAUCCUAAACCUGCAGCAGGAGCCCACUGGCCAUGGCCCCCAUAUCAAAAGCAGACCUCACCACGACCACCACCUCCAGGGGGUCUCCACCCCUCUGUCCCAUAGACCCUCUGUCUUGCCGUCCGCCUCAUCAUCCUCCCUGGCCCAGCACCCUCAGGUCCGUGGCCGAGGCCACAAUGGCAGCCUGGUACCCCAGACUCAGAGCAGAUAACAGGCCCUCACCUCAACCAGCGAUACUGGGGACUGACGAGUGAGUGAGGGUGGGCACUGUGAACACAGUAUCACUGUAUACUCUGCCAAGUUAUGAUGGCUUUGUUUGCUCAUUUGAAUUGUCCAGACAUUUCUGUCUUUACUGUUGAUGGUACAUGUGUGAAUUUGUGGAACGCUACAUUCAUGUACAUUAAUAUGCCUGGAUUUUUUUGUGUUCUCAGCCGAGCUUGAGAAACAAAACAAAAUGGUCAAAAAUUGUUCAGUGUUCCCUAUUCUCUAUAUUAUAUUACACGUCAUUUCAUUAUUUUAGUAUUUCCACAUUCCAUCACAUUGCCUGGGUAUAUAAUUUAAUUUGAUACUCUGCAUUCACAGUACUAUGCAGCAUAGAUCACUCCAAAAAUGAACUAAAACGUCAAAAUUUGUGCUUUAAAGUGUUCUCUUUCAGGCAAACCAAAAAAUUGUCAUUGGAAACCUCCCCCCCCCAUAUAUUGACCAUAUGAUAAAACCAUUUAAAAUGUUUAAUACAUUUCAUUACUAUUACUUUGCGAUUCUUGGUUUUCAGCGUGACCUUUUUCUGUUGUAACCUUCAUUCAAUUCAAAUACAUGCAUUCUUGUACUGACUGCUUGAAGUUCCAGGUUUGUCCAGCAGGUGGCAGGUCAUUUCUACCUGUUCAAUUUGUGUAUUCUGAAGUCUUUCAUCUUUCUGCUAUUGUACUCUCCCCCCUCCUUUGUGUCUGCUUUUUUUCUGAUGGACAAUUCAAACACAAACAUCACAAUGAAAUGGAGAAAAAAGGAACAAUAAUAAUGUACAAAAAGAAUUUGAAGUAUAGUAUUACAGAAUAAUUUUGUAUUUAUUGUGUAUAAUGACUUUUUAAAAAGAAAUGUACAUUUAGUAAAACUGUAAAUUAAACAUUGCUUCUUAUGAAAUGUA